AUGGCAGCCCCGACCCCCCGCCAGUGUUCGCCGGCCCCCACCGUGCUCCCCACCCCUGCAUCCUCCGGCCGGGCCCGUCGAGGUGCCCCCUGGCCGCUAUUCCCACUUAGCCGCGCCGCCCUGGCUGUGUCCAUCCAUGCGCGGGCCCUUCACCGCUGUCUCUCACUGCCCCCAGCGCUCACCACCAUCGACUGGCAGGAUUUGGCAGCCUGUGACCCCAUUCUUCCCACCACCCCGGCCGGCCCCGUGAUCCUGCAGCAGGUAACCCCCAGCUGGGGCAGGCUUGGCAGCCCCCAUCACAGGCACCCACGGAGUGGUCCUUUCAAGGUGAUGGGUGCUGGCAACCCACCCAGCCUCAGGCUUCCCCACUGUGAGAUGGGCACAGUGGAGGACAGCGUCUUGCCCCGCUCAUUAGAUGUGGAAGGGCAGGAGACAAACACCCAGGGGUACUGGGGCUGUGGGAAGGUGCUGAGCACAGGCACCAGCCUGUGUCUGAGUGCUACGGGCAGCAGUGGGCAGCACAGGAAGGGUCCCUACUUCCAGGAUGGACCAGAGUUUGAUUUCCAGGAGUUCAGAGAUGCUAUGGAUGAUUUUAUAUCUGACGCAUCCACCUUAGUGCCACCAUCGCUGGACUGCACCGACUUUGAUUUCUCACUUGGCGAGGAGGUGGCCUUUGACUGCUGCACCCCGCAGCUGGAGAGCAGCAUGCUGGCACAGAUGCCGCCGGCACAGAUGCCCCUGCAACAUCCACCUUCCCCGGAGCCAUGCUGGAGGGACCUGGCAGACCAGAACCAGAAAGCACUGGGAGAUGCCCUUGAGGCUAACAGCCAGCUGCAGGAGACCCUCACGCAGAGGCAGGAAGAGCUGGUGACGCUGCAGGAGAGCAACGUGCAGCUGAAGGAGUUGGCAAGCCAGGCCAGGCAGCUGGCUGCCGUCCUCGAUACGCUGAUGCUUCCACAGUGCACCGACGGGGCGGCCCUUCUUCCACCUCCGCCUCUUCACCCUCCGCCUCCUCCCGUCGCCGCGUCCCGUGUGGGUGCCGGACGGGCGGGGCCGCGGGAGGAGGCUGCGGCGGUGGACGCCAUGCUGCGGGCCGUGUCGGAGAAGUGCCGCGCCGCUCUGCGGACCCUCGGGGGCAGCCCGGGGAGCAGCCCCGGGGGCAGCCCCGAGGCCAAGCGCCCGCGGCCGGCUCCCCGCCUGCACGGCUCCUUCCGCGGGCUGCGCACCUCCCACGCCGCACCGCGUCCGGACUGCGGGGAGCUGGAGGGCGGCGGGGAGCUGCAGGGCGGUGGCAGCCUGCGGACGGCGCUGGGCGAGGCGGGCGGCAUCCGCACCCUGGCCUUCCCGCAGGGCAGCGCCUUCACCUUCCGCACGGCCGCCGGCGGGUACCGCUUCCGCUGGGUGCCUCGCUGAGACGCACCCGAGCCCCGCCACUACGCACACGCGUGUCCGGGAGAGGAGGAGCGGGACUUGAAGCAGCGUCAGGCUGGCGGGGAUCCUCCUCCAUCCCCCGGCUCCUCUUUUUGUCCUUGAAAACGGGUAUUUCUGUAUUUCGGAUUUCCCCCGUCGCUGGAGGCUGGAGAUAAGGGAGAAGCGCGGCGGAGGCAACGCAGCGAGCUGGGGGCACUGCAGUGGUCGCCAGGCUUCACACAGAGCUCUUGUGGUUAUAGAGUUGACAGCUUGCCCUCAGUAGUUUCAUACAAGCAUAGAACAGUUUUGGCUGGAAGGGACCUUAAAGCCCAUCCAGUUUC